UCCCUGCUGUGGAAAGCUCCGGGUCUGGUGUGACCAUGACCUCAGAGCCCUGUGCACAGGCAGGCGCCAGCUUUCCACGGAGGAGCACUUUGCCGUCUCUGCUUGCACCCAGCUCUGCACUCUCCAGGGCAGUGUGCUGAGCAAUGCCUUCCCUCCCUGCAUCGCCCCACGUUUCAGGGCAUGAACUACCUGGAAGACCGGCGCUUGGUGCACCGUGACCUGGCAGCCAGAAAUGUCCUGGUGAAGACCCCACAGCAUGUCAAGAUCACAGAUUUUGGGCUGGCCAAACUGCUUGGUGCCGAGGAGAAAGAAUACCACGCAGAAGGAGGCAAAGUACCUAUCAAGUGGAUGGCCUUGGAAUCAAUUUUACACCGAAUUUAUACCCACCAAAGUGAUGUGUGGAGCUAUGGAGUCACUGUUUGGGAGUUGAUGACCUUUGGGUCCAAGCCUUAUGAUGGUAUCCCCGCAAGUGAGAUCUCAACCAUCCUGGAGAAAGGAGAGCGCCUCCCACAGCCGCCCAUAUGCACCAUCGAUGUCUACAUGAUCAUGGUCAAGU